ACUUAAGGGGAGUGUGUAGUCACGUGAUUUUUAAUAUAAGAUUGAUCGGCGUCAAAAAUUUUUCUGCGGUUUUAGAUUUUCGCGUCAAAGUCAACGUGAUAAUCAAAUAAACAAUAUAAAAAUAAAAACCACUUUUUCUCAUUUUUUAGAACCUAAAGUUUCGUCAGACAUGCCUUUACGGAAAUGGUAUCAAAUUUUAUGCCAAAGGAAUCCGCAUUUCGAAAGUUACCAGCGACCAUAUAAUAAUAGUUGGCUUGUAUUUGACAAAUCCGUACCUUUGGAAGCUUUGGAUAUACACAACGAACUUGUUACUUCUAGUUCUUCAACAACUACUCCAUACCUUGCUUUAACAGUACAUAAUUAUCCAAAAGAUAACUCUACAAGUACUUGGGUUCCUUUAUUAGUUGGUUAUACAGUAAUAAUUCUUUGGAAAAAAAAACUCUUACGACUUGCAAUUACUAAAGACAGCAACAAUAAUUUAAUUUAUAUGUAUGAAGAUUAUGAAGAUGAUAUUUCUCUUACUGAUUGUGUACACAGAUCCUCCCAUCGUAAUUUUUUUCAUGGAUUGAUUCAUUAUCUCAAUAUAGAUGGUCGCGUUUCAAUUCCUGCUUUAAUAGGACUCAAUAUUUUGGAAAUUGUGAUUCAACUCAGGAAUGUAAUUAAUAUGACGUUUCCAAAUUUAUUCACUCAAGUUAAACAGGCUCAUAAUGCGAUUGUAACUACAAAUAGAAUAAAAAAUAAAAUGAAACGAAAAGCAAGUAGUUUAUGUGAAAAUUUAGAAAAUAAUAUAUCUACUUCAACAACUUCUAAUACAGUAAAAAUCAAUUCGGGUAUUUUAAUCAGUUCUAAUGGUCUUCCCAUGACUCCUAAAUCGACCCAAGCACUUGUAUGUGAAUAUGCUUCAGAACUUAACGAAAAAAGAAAUCUGAAAAAAAAAUUAAAGCGUACAGAAAAUAAAUUAGUUGAACAUGAACAGGCAAUGAAUCCUUUUAUUGUUAACCUACAAGAAAAUAAAGAAAAUAUCGAGAGUAAGGUUUCAAAUUUAAUACAAGAAUCAAAUAUAGGUACCACUAUGCUCAUUAAUACAGACCAAUUCCUCCGACUAGUAUUGUCUCAACCAUGUUCGCAAUGCUUUACAAUGCUUGAUUCUAAACGUCAAUAUAGUGUUUGUUCUAUAGGAUUCACUUUCAAAGUUUCAAUUACAUGUGAUUGUGGGAAAUAUACAGAAUAUUCCAAUGAAACUUCUUCAAACUUUUCUUUAGCAGUGGCAAGUAGUGGAUUAGUAGGAGGAAUCAAUCGUCAAUCACUUGAAAUGAUAUUAGCAACACUUGGAAUAACCCAGCAACUUACCAAAAAAUCUCACCAUGAAAAUCAAAAAAAAAUCUUCCAUCCGAUUUGUAAAAAGGCAGAAGAAAGUGCAAACAAAGCUCUUCGAUUGACAUGUGAAUAUAUAAAGCAAAUAAAUGAAAAAAUUCUGCCAAUGGAUAUCCUCACAGACCCAUUCUUGGAUUUUAUUUUGUUAAAAAAUCGCGUAAAUGCAAGAAAAAUGGUGAGAGUGUUAUUGUACAUAAGGGCAAUCAUGACAAAAGCUCCAGACAAAUGGAACACGCAAUAUUAAUUGCUAUUCUUCAAAAAGUUACACCAAUUUUGGAAGAAUUUGAUCUGCUACUUGAUAUCGGAAUAGAUGGAGAUUUGGAAAGUAAUAAAACACUCGGCACA